AUGGGGCGGUUUUCCUCUAUCGCCAUUUCGGCACUGUUGCUGUCACCUGUUUUGGGCCAGACAGAAUCACCUGCGGCAGUUCCAGUCAAGAAGAACCCCAAACGCGGUCUUGUCUCCACGCCCAACGAAUUCUUCCCCAGAGAUGACUUUAUCUGGUCCGAUCCUUCAUCGCCGCUGUCAUGGUACUGGAACUUUGCACCCGAUGUUACAGAGGCCUAUGCCAACUUCUCUCAAUCCGAGUUUGAGUUUGUCCCAAGCAUGUGGGGCGCCUACACCCCCAACGGCACAGACACAUACUUCUUGGGCAACUUGACCGAGAAGUUCUCCAAGCGAAAGCCCUCUCACGUUCUCACCUUCAACCUGCCUGACCAGUCUUUCGAAUAUGGAGGCAGUGAGAUGACCCCCGAGAUUGCCGCGAGGACCUGGGUCAACAACAUUCUACCGCUCAGGGAAGAACACGGGAUCAAAGUCGGCUUCCCGACCGUCUCGGACCCGAGAGGAGGGUGGGUAGAUCCUUUCUUGAAGAACUGCUCCAAGAUGAAUGAUGGACACGGGUGCGAGUUUGACUUUGUGCCACUUCAUUCAUUCGGCGGUUUCGGGACCUUGAAGGACAACAUUGGAAAGUGGCAGUCAAAAUUUCCCGAAAAACCUCUUUGGGUUACUGAGUAUGGCUUCCAUGACCAGAACGAGGCCGAAACCCAAAAGUUCUUCAACGAAAGUUUAAAGUACUUGGAAGAGCACCAGGCAGUGGCACGGUACUCGUGGUUUGGUGCUUUUAGAAAAACAAAGUCGAAUGUAGGGGAGGAAAUGGCCAUGCUGGACCAGCGAGGCAAUCUGACAGACAUUGGCAACUGGUAUCUGGACCGCGCCGCUGCUCUCAGGACCCCAGAGGGUGUUUUGGCGGCUGCUUGCACCUUGGAGAACCCAUGUGGUGGAAGCGGAGCGGCUGGAAGGGCGAGCUAUGUGGGUGUGGCUGGAAUAGUAAUUGGGCUUUUCCAGCUGGGUGUCACUUUCUGGAUGUAA